ACGCGCGUUUUGUUUAUGCCGAUCGAUAAAUUUUAUAAUAUUAAAAAUAUGCGUUUACAUUUUCUGGGCUUUAUUUAUUUAUUUAUUUUUAUUUUAAUAAAAGUCAUCUUUUGACCUAUAUUCGACAGCCACGAUGUUGAAGGGCAUUUCUGUAAUUUUGAUGAGGGAUUGAAAGGGAUAUGCCCCUAUCCCCUAUAUAAAGAGCUUUCGGUGCUACGCAAUCUUCAUUAAUACUUGAAGCUAUAAACACGUAUUUGAAAGCUACACGAAUUCCAAUUAGGUUUUCUUGAGAGACAAAUUUGGGGGAAAAAUGGCGUCAGAAGGAGUUGUUAUCGGCUGCCACACCGUCGACCAAUGGAAGGAGCAGCUUGACAAGCACGCCGGCUCUGCCAAAUUGGUGGUUGUGGAUUUCACAGCCUCAUGGUGUGGUCCAUGCCGUGUGAUUGCACCAGUCUUGGCUGAGCUUGCUAAAAAGAUUCCCCAUGUUACCUUCCUUAAGGUUGAUGUUGAUGAACUUGAGAGCAUUGCUCAGGAGUACUCAGUGGAGGCAAUGCCUACAUUCUUGUUCCUCAAGAAUGGAGAGAUAGUGGACAAGGUUGUGGGUGCUAAGAAAGAUGAACUUAGUGCAUGUGUUGCUAAACAUGCAGGAGAGGCUACUGUUUCUGCUUAAUGUAUUCUAAAUAUGAAAGAUUGUGAGCGACUUUUUAUGUAACCUUGUUUAUGACUUGUGGUUUAUCUUUAUGCAUAAAUUGAAGUUGCUGUGAUGUGAAGAAAAUGGCUUUUUUAUGGUUGGUGUUUGGGUUUUUUUACUUGUUUUAAGUUAGCCCCUUAAAUUUUAGUUGAUGCUUAUAGUUGAUGUUUAAGACAAUACUUUUGGUUAUGUGAACAAUGCCUUAAGUAACUUGUUAGUUGUAAAACAUAUAUAUUAACUGUAACACUUCAUGUCUAUUAUAUGAUAUUAUGGCAAUUCAGAAGUUUGGU